UUCACACUUUCCCCUGUUCUGCAGCAGACGGACUGAGUUCCUCCAGUCCUUGUGCUCCUUCUUCCCCCACGGCUCUAAAACCCUUCUCUGAGGGAGGAACAGCUAUAGUUUUGGGGGUCAUAUAGCUUUAAGGAAACUUUUGGCAGAUGCGGAUAUCCUAACAUCUGGGCAGUGUUAACAGAAUCCCGGAGGCCCCGGACAGACCAGGAGCCACUCGUUCUAGGAAUGUUAAAGUAGAAGUUUUUCCAACUGAUGAGAGGAGCAGAGAGGAAGGAGAAAAAUAAAGAAGGAGAGAGAAAGAGCACAAAAACCCAUACAACAGAUUCCGCAUUUCUGCUUCCUCUCACUUUUGGAAGUUCAUUGAUGGCUGAUUGCUGAAAGUUAUUUUCCCUUGCCCUGGUACUUCUGGCCACAUACCUCUAUUCUUAUCUCCCUAACUGCCACCCCCCUUUCAAGGAUGGCCAGUCAACUAACUCAAAGUGGAGCUCUCUCUCUGCUGCUCUUCCUCACCCCAGCAGUGACACCAACAUGGUAUGCAGGGUCAGGCUACUACCCAGAUGAAAGCUACAAUGAAGUAUAUGCUGAAGAGGUCCCACAGGGCCCUGCCCUAGACUACCGAGCCCCCCGAUGGUGUUAUACAUUAAAUAUCCAGGAUGGAGAAGCUACAUGCUACUCACCAAGGGGAGGAACUUAUCACAGCAGCCUGGGCACUCGUUGUGAGCUCUCCUGUGACCGAGGCUUUCGACUGAUCGGACGUAGGUCGGUGCAAUGCCUGCCAAGCCGCCGUUGGUCUGGAACUGCCUACUGCAGGCAGGUGAGAUGCCACGCAUUGCCAUUCAUCACGAGUGGCACCUAUACCUGUACAAAUGGGGUGCUUCUUGACUCCCGCUGUGACUACAGCUGUUCCAGUGGCUACUACCUAGAAGGUGACCGCAGCCGAAUCUGCAUGGAAGAUGGGCGAUGGAGUGGAGGCGAGCCUGUGUGUGUAGACAUAGAUCCCCCCAAGAUCCGUUGUCCCCAUUCACGUGAGAAGAUGGCAGAGCCAGAGAAACUGACUGCUCGAGUAUACUGGGACCCACCCUUGGUGAAAGAUUCUGCCGAUGGUACCAUCACCAGAGUGACACUUCGGGGCCCUGAGCCUGGCUCUCACUUUCCCGAAGGAGAGCAUGUGAUUCGUUACACUGCCUACGACCGAGCCUACAACCGGGCCAGCUGCAAGUUCAUUGUGAAAGUGCAAGUGAGACGCUGCCCAACUCUGAAACCACCGCAGCAUGGCUACCUCACCUGCACCUCAGCAGGGGACAACUAUGGUGCCACCUGUGAAUACCACUGUGACGGAGGUUAUGAGCGCCAAGGGACCCCCUCCCGGGUCUGCCAGUCCAGCCGCCAGUGGUCAGGAUCACCACCCGUCUGUGCUCCUAUGAAGAUCAAUGUCAAUGUCAACUCGGCUGCUGGCCUUCUGGAUCAGUUCUAUGAGAAACGGCGACUCCUCAUUGUCUCAGCUCCGGAUCCCUCCAACCGAUAUUAUAAAAUGCAGAUCUCUAUGCUGCAGCAAUCCACUUGCGGACUGGAUCUACGGCAUGUGACCAUCAUUGAGCUGGUGGGGCAGCCACCUCAGGAGGUGGGGCGCAUCCGGGAACAACAGCUGUCAGCCAACAUCAUCGAGGAGCUCAGGCAAUUUCAGCACCUCACUCGCUCCUACUUCAACAUGGUGUUGAUUGACAAGCAGGGAAUUGAUCGGGAACGCUACAUGGAACCUGUCACCCCUGAGGAAAUCUUCACGUUCAUUGAUGACUAUCUACUGAGCAACCAGGAGCUGAUCCAGCGCCGGGAGCAAAGGGACAUGUGCGAGUGAACUUAAGCCAGGGCUUGGUUGAGGUCAAGGGAAAAGCUCCCCUACUGAGCUGGAACUGGAGCCUAAUAAAAGGAGGAAAUGGUUCCCCAUGGAUCUAGGGACAGGACUCUGAGGUGGAUGAGCUUCACCAGUCCUGGGACGUUUCCAGGCACCUUUUUAGGGCUGUGUAAUAGCUUCCCUAAGCAAGUCUCUGCUUUAGAUAGCACUGGAGGAGCCUAAGAGGCUAAGGAGGGACUGAGGACAGGCCCUGGGCAGUGGGUUGGGGGUAAACGUCUUCCUUGCCUAACCUGGGCCUCUGCCCAGCUCUCCAAAGUAUUCCAGAUAAGUAAAUCCUAAAUUCACUCACUAA